AUGGCUCCGCUUGCUGUGAAAAUCAAGCACGCAGGGAAAGUGCACGACGUGCAACUCAACCUCGAUCAGCCGCCCGCCGUCUUCAAGGAUGCUAUUUACCAAGUGACGGGGGUGCCACCCGAUCGUAUGAAGGUCAUGAUCAAAGGUGGGACUCUGAAGGAUGACACGGACUGGAGAAAAGUCGCACCAAAAGAGGGACAGACAUUCAUGGUAAUUGGUGCGGCUGGAGAGCUACCCAAACCUCCAGAGAGGCCCGUCGUAUUUCUCGAAGACAUGGAUGAUACCGAUCUCGCGAAAGCACUUUCACUUCCCGUUGGUCUGAGAAACUUGGGAAAUACUUGUUAUAUGAAUGCUACGCUACAGGCAUUGCGAGUAAUUCCCGAACUACAGACAGCUUUGCAGAGUGGCGCUCCUCCGGGGCUUCCAUCUGUGUUGAGCAACCUGUAUUCCCAGAUGUCACAGACAACCGACAGCGUUGUCCCUUCCAAUUUCCUCACCACAUUGCGCCAAACAUUCCCUCAAUUCGCAGAGCAAAGUAGGAAUGCGAAGGGCAUGUCUGGGAUGUUCACAAUGUAUGCGCAACAAGAUGCAGAAGAGUGUUGGGUACAGCUGACGAAUGCCCUCAGGGAAGUCCCGGGACUUCCGGGACCAUCGAAUACUUCGAUAUCGAAAAACUUUGUGGACCAGUACAUGACUUGCGAAACUCGACGAGAACUGAAAUGUGACGAGGCGCCUGAGGAGCAUUCUACCGUCUCAUUCGAGAAAGCUCUCAAGAUUGAAUGCAACAUCUCCAUUACGACAAAUUUCAUGCUGUCGGGCUUGAAGGAGGCUCUCGAUCAAAAAAUCGAGAAGACGUCGCCUUCGUUAGGCCGCAAUGCAACUUAUACUGCGACUUCACGAUUGUCUCGUCUACCAUCAUAUCUGACCGUCCACAUGGUACGCUUUGCCUGGAGAAGCGAUAUCGCCAUAGUCAUUGUUCUCUUCCUGCCACAGCGAAGGGUCAAAUUCCCGUCCGAUUUUGAUGCUCUUGACUUGGUCACGGACGAACUUAGAGAGAAAAUCAUGCCACUCGCAACGAAGCUCAAACAAAUUGAAGGCGACCGCUCUGACAGGCAGUCCGUACGCAAACGCGCGAAGGCAAAGCAGCAGGCUGCGCAAGCAACCCCCGUCCCUCCGGCGGCGGGGUCGUCAGCUGGGACCGGUGAGGCUGAUACCAUGGAGGUUGAUGCUCCCAAUACUGUGGAACUGGAGCCAGAGUCGACCUACAGAGAGAGGGAGCUGAAGGAGCUCGAGGAGCUAAUUAACCCUGAUUUGCGGGCAGACGUAGGCAGCAGCGUCAGUGGUCAGUAUGAGCUGAUAGCAAUCGUCACGCACAAGGGUGCUGCCGCUGACUCGGGCCACUACAUGGGUUUUGUGAAGAAAGGUGCAAUCCGGACUACGGCUUUGGGCGAUGCACAAGAUGAUGACGACGACUGGUACAAGUUCGAUGAUGACAAGGUGUCGAUUUUCCCGAAAGACAAGCUUUCUACGUUGGAAGGCGGUGGAGAGGAUUCAUCUGCGUAUGUGUUAUUGUACAAGACGAAACCCCUUGCGUGA